AAGUUUUAUCGUCAAAGAGGAGCAGCCAGGAGGGCGGCAGAGCGGAGCGGAGACACACGGAGACAGAAGGGGGGGACGGAGUUUGCUGGAUACAUGAGACGCUGUGACACGGUGACGGAAAAUUACAACAAAGCGUUGCGGGAUUUAGAUCAGCCGACAGACAAAGUGGUGAAGGCUGCAGGUUGAAUCUGUCUGCUAAGAAGUGUCCGGACUCGACGUUAUCAGGAGUGGCCAGCUGCAGCCUGUCUGAAGAUGUCUGAUAAUGGGGAGGUUGAGGACAAGCCUCCAGCUCCUCCCAUGAGGAACACCAGCACCAUGAUCGGUUCCUGCAACAAGGACCCCGCCCCCCUCAACCAUGGCUCCAAGCCACUUCCACCUAACCCAGAAGACAAGAAGAAGAAAGACCGCUCCAUUCGAUUUAUCCUGACUGGAGGAAGCGAUAAGACCUAUAAGAAGAAGGAGCGCCCUGAGAUUUCUCUGCCGUCGGACUUUGAGCACACGAUCCACGUCGGCUUUGAUGCCGUCACCGGGGAGUUUACCGGCAUGCCGGAGCAAUGGGCUCGGCUCCUGCAGACCUCCAACAUCACCAAGCUGGAGCAGAAGAAGAAUCCCCAGGCCGUCCUCGACGUUCUCAAGUUCUACGACUCAAAGGAAACGGCCAACAGCCAGAAAUACAUGAGCUUUACAGAUAAAACUGCAGAUGCCUUCAACUCCUCCAUCAUAACGAGCUCCAAGACCGUGUCGGAGACGCCCGCCAUAGCAACCGUGUCCGAGGACGAAGACGAAGACGAGGCCGAGCCCCCACCGGUGAUCGCCCCCCGCCCUGAACACACCAAAUCAAUUUACACCCGUUCAGUGAUCGAGCCUCUCCCUCCUCCCUCAACCAAAGAUGCAGCCACCUCCCCCAUCGUCCCGCCGGCCCCCGCCGCCGCUGCCGCCGCCGUCUCCCCCACCCCGCCUGCAGAGGCAGCGCCCGGCAGCCCCCCCAGUGCAAGCCCCGCCCCCGGCCCCUCCCUGCCCCGCGCACAAGACAAAACCAAGAAGAAGAAGAUGUCUGACGAGGAGAUCCUGGAGAAACUACGGACAAUUGUUAGCGUGGGAGACCCCAAGAAGAAAUACACGCGCUUUGAAAAGAUCGGACAAGGAGCUUCUGGUACGGUGUACACCGCUAUAGACAUCGCCACGGGUCAAGAGGUUGCCAUCAAACAGAUGAACCUGCAGCAGCAGCCGAAGAAAGAGCUAAUCAUCAACGAGAUUCUGGUGAUGAGGGAAAACAAGAACCCAAACAUCGUCAACUACCUGGACAGUUACCUGGUCGGUGACGAGCUCUGGGUGGUCAUGGAGUACCUGGCUGGAGGGUCUCUGACCGACGUCGUCACAGAAACCUGCAUGGACGAAGCUCAGAUCGCUGCUGUGUGCAGAGAGUGUCUGCAGGCUUUAGAGUUCCUCCACUCGAACCAGGUCAUCCAUCGGGACAUCAAGAGCGACAACAUCCUGCUGGGCAUGGACGGCUCCGUCAAACUCACCGACUUUGGGUUCUGUGCCCAGAUCACUCCGGAGCAGAGCAAACGCAGCACCAUGGUGGGGACUCCGUACUGGAUGGCUCCAGAGGUGGUGACCCGCAAGGCUUACGGCCCCAAAGUGGACAUCUGGUCCCUGGGCAUCAUGGCCAUCGAGAUGGUGGAGGGCGAGCCGCCGUAUCUGAACGAGAACCCCCUGAGGGCGCUUUAUCUCAUCGCUACCAACGGGACGCCUGAGCUGCAGAACCCAGAGAAGUUGUCAACGGUAUUCAGAGACUUCCUGAACCGGUGUUUGGAGAUGGACGUGGAGAAACGGGGCUCUGCGAAGGAGCUACUGCAGCACCAGUUUCUGAAGAUGGCCAAGCCUCUUUCCAGUCUGACUCCUCUCAUCCUGGCGGCCAAGGAGGCGGCCAAGAACAACCGUUAGCCGCCAUUACCCCCCCCCCCCCCACCCCCCCACCCCCCCGUCCGUGUAAAUCCGGCAUGGAUCCUGAGAAGGCGGUUCCAGCCGCUGGCCGGGUUAGAAAACCCUCAGAAGGACUCUGGUUCAUCGUCUCUCCUUCUCUGAGUGUUUUAUAUCUCACAGCGACUGCUUCUGUUUUUACCCCCGUCUCUCUUUCACCUUCCACCAUGAGAUGUGACGCGUCU